AUGGCCCGAACCCACCCCAGCUCCUUCCAGCAACUGGAGAAACUCGGUGAAGGAACCUAUGCCACGGUCUACAAAGGCCGAAACUGCCAAACAGGGGAAAUGGUGGCGUUGAAGGAGAUCCACCUCGAAUCGGAAGAAGGGACGCCCUCAACAGCAAUCCGCGAGAUUUCUCUUAUGAAAGAGCUACACCAUGAUAAUAUCCUGUCAUUAUAUGAUGUCGUCCACACUGAGAAUAAGCUCAUGUUAGUCUUCGAGUAUAUGGACCAGGACCUGAAGAAGUACAUGGAUACUCAUGGGAAUCACGGUCAGCUUGAGCCUGCGAUAGUGAAGUCAUUUGCCUUCCAACUGCUGCGGGGUAUCGCAUUUUGCCACGACAAUCGGAUACUCCACCGCGACCUUAAACCCCAGAAUCUACUUAUCAACGCCAAGGGCCAGCUCAAGCUCGCUGACUUUGGCCUUGCGCGUGCUUUCGGAAUUCCGGUUAACACGUUUUCCAAUGAAGUGGUGACCCUCUGGUAUCGCGCGCCUGACGUGCUCCUCGGCAGCCGCACCUACAAUACCACGAUCGAUAUCUGGUCCAUAGGGUGCAUCAUUGCGGAGAUGUUCACUGGACGCGCGCUGUUUCCGGGCACCACAAACGAGGAUCAGCUACAACGGAUCUUUCGUGUUAUGGGAACACCGUCCGAGCGUACUUGGCCAGGUGUCUCGCAGUUCCCCGAAUACAAAAGCCAUUUUCCGGUGUAUGGACCACAGGAUCUGCGACAUGUUGUUCCUAGGAUUGAUCCAUAUGGUCUCGACCUGCUUAGGUGUUUCGGCGGUCAAAUCGGGUAUUUCUUGAUCCUAUUCUUCACCUUCUGCACUGGACGGCAUACCAAUCUCCCUGCGAGCAGCACUGCUGGAUCUCCAAGUCCUUGUCUGUCCUCAGAUAUCCAGGUCAGUCCAUACCUUCCAGAACGGCUGCACUCCCGAAGGAAGCGACGCGCUGUUAAAGGCACCGAGAACGCUGCACUCGUCGACGACAACAAACGCAAGCGAGAGACACAUGGACGCAAGCAUGAUCCCGAACCGCGGACUCACGGUAACGAGCUCGGUGAUCCCAAAAUUGUACUCGCGCUUGAUGGUAUAGAACAGCGAGAUCGUCGUUAUCACCCACCACGGAUCUCUGUCCGCCACGGCCAAUGUCAGCUUACGGAUAUGGAGACCGGUGAAAGAAUAAAGGUGGAUAGGAAAAAGGUUGGAGACGCACCGAAACAACGGCUCCAUUGGCCUCGUCGUCAAAAACAAUUUGUUGAUAUUGUUGAAGUAUGUGAAGUUCGCAUAGAUCUCCAGCACCCAGUACGGCUGGACCAGGAUCACAGUGAUUAUAUAGAUGCGCGAGACGCGCUUGGAGAAAAACGGCUUGUUCUUCAUCCAUGCGAUCACGUUGUGCAGAGACCACGACACAUUCAGCGGGAUUGCACUGACGGACAGGUGCCACCCGUAGAUGGGCUCGUGCGAGAAGAUCCAGGUCCCGUGGGGGAUCGCGAGGAUGAGCUGUUCCAUUUGGGGAUUCAGGUCAGCGCUGUAGCCGGCUCACCGGGGGAUAUAGAGGCGGAUUUUUGCUCGCGAGCUGACUGCGGCCAUCACCAGCAGGGACCCUACCAUCAGGCCCUGACCCCAGGCUUCGAGGACGAGGCCGUUGGGGUCGGUAGGGCGCGUGAUGCGCUCGGUGUCCGAGGAUGA